CUAACUACAGGGGAAACACCAGCCGUUAGUACUACAUGAGCUAUCUGUGAGUAAGUUAAUGUAACAGCCGUGAGCGGCGUGAGGAGGAGCUGUUUCUCAACAGCACGACAACCCCGGAGAGGGAAGGUGGUGUUCAGUGUUAAUGAAGUUGGUCUCAUGUCAACUAAUGGAGCAGAUGCGACGGAGAAAGUAAAGUCUGCAGUUAUUCACCUUUCAGAAACGUCUUCAACGGUCACUUCUAACCACUAUUUUAACACCACGACACAGUGCGCAGCAGCAACGCCCCGGGGCUGAAAUUAAGCACUCGCUAUGUCUGAUGGGGACUAUGAUUACCUCAUCAAGUUCCUAGCCCUUGGUGACUCUGGCGUGGGUAAAACGAGCUUCCUCUACCAGUACACGGAUGGCAAGUUUAACUCCAAGUUCAUCACUACAGUUGGAAUAGACUUCAGAGAAAAAAGAGUGGUAUACAAAUCAACGGGUCCAGAUGGAUCUACAGGUAGAGGACAGAAGAUCCACAUGCAGCUGUGGGACACUGCGGGACAGGAGAGGUUUCGGAGUUUGACGACGGCCUUCUUUAGAGAUGCAAUGGGUUUCCUCCUCUUGUUUGACCUCACAAAUGAACAGAGUUUCCUCAAUGUCAGAAACUGGAUGAGUCAGUUACAGAUUCACGCAUACUGCGAAAGUCCAGAUGUCGUUCUGUGUGGCAACAAAUCUGACCUGUCAGAUCAGAGAGCAGUCAGUGAAGAAGAGGCCCGUGAACUGGCAGAGAAGUACGGAAUCCCAUACUUUGAGACAAGUGCUUCAAACGGGCAGAACGUCAGCCUGGCUGUGGACGUCUUGCUGGAUCUCAUCAUGAAGAGGAUGGAGCGAUGUGUUGACAAGUCCUGGAUCCCUGAUGGGACCGUCCGAGCUAAUGGACCCACGAACCCAGACCUCUCACAGGCCUCUGAUAGGAGCAAAUGUGCAUGUUAGACUAAUGAUGAGCCAUUUUGGUGACAUGUCUGUGUUGAUAAUAGUGGUGAAAACAUAGGAAGAUAACCAAGUUUAACACACACACACACACACACACACACACACACACACACACACACACACACACACACACACACACACACACACACACACACAUUUUUGUGUUAAAUGUGUGUGUGUAUAUUUAUGUGCCCAUAGCCCCACCAACCAGUGCAUUACUGAUGUACUUUGAUUUACAUGCUGUAUUAUUUGUCAGUUCAGAGUUAAGUGCCUUUUUGAACAUGGGCAUUUCAUUUCAAUUCAUAUAAUGGGUCUUUUGAAUAAUUAAUUAAUAUUGAAGUGUGGGAUAUUUAUUUGUUAUGAUGCCUAGCUGAAAUGUCCGAUUUUAGUCAUCAGCUGGAUAAGCUGAUUAUAUUUUCAGAUAGAAACUUUGUGCUCCAAGUCGCAGUGAAGUGAGCCCUGCCAGGUGUGCUAUAAAUAUACUGUUAAUACGCUUUACUUGCUUUAAGGUUAGUGAAGAAUUACACUGCAGUUAACUCAAGAAAGAAGCCACUUCUGUUUUUCGUUCUACAGUCAGAUAAACAUUCACUGUGAUACCUGCAGUCAGGCUUUGAUGGCAGAGAGAAAUUUGCUAUGGAUGUACUUUAAGAAAUUUAAGGUCGCCAGUUACGUGCUACUGAUGCUCUACUGAAUGUCUAGCUACAAUCUCACCGGUUUAAUGGACACUUAACACUCAUGUUUUUUCUUUUCUAAAUUGAUGUGCUUGUUUGCCUCCAAAAUGUGAAUUAAGGAAGACAGUUUGAAUAAGUCAUCUACACCUCAUAAUGUACAGCGACACGUUUGGCCAAUUACAAAUACUGAUGCUCAGUAGUUUGAUAAGAGGAAUAAAUGUGUCAUAAAAGGCGAAAGUAAAAACUGAGCAGGAACUCAGGUAAUUCAUACUGCUGUAUUAGAGUCUCAAAGCAAAAAUAAGCUUGAUAUAUUUUAAAGAAAGAAAUAAAAAUCCCUGUGAUGGAUUGGCGACUUGUCCAGGGUGUACCCCGCCUCUCACCCGAUGUCAGCUGGGAUUGGCUCCAGCCCCCCCCGCAACCCUGUACACAGGAUAACCGGUUGAAGAUGAGUGAGUGAGUGAGAAAUGUAAAUGCAAAAAAAGUAUCUCUUGUGCAUUUUUGGACUGUUUGAAAAAGGGUGUUAUUUGACUUCUAAAAUCUAUUUGGAGACAUCUAAUGAAAGUUCAGUCAAUUACAUUUUAAUUCAGUGCUUCAGGUUUAAAAACAUUAUUCUCAGCAACUACUUAGAGAUGUUUAAAACAACUGCCUACAUGGUUCCUGCUGCCUCUCAAUGAAAUACAUACAAAUUUAUGAUUCUCAUAGAGAGCCCCCAUAGAGUCAAUCUGUGUCAACAUUGAGUAACCAUCGUGAAUUUAGUCCCCUGCAUUGCUCAUUUUUUAAAUCAUUAUUCAUUUGUAAAAGUGCCUUCACACCUUAUGCCCAGGCCCUAGAUGAUAAAAAUAUAUGAGAAUAUUUGUCAUUCCAGGGGUUCCCACUGUGUUUUAUAGGUAAUGGGCCGCCUCGCCUGAAACAAUGAUCAUUUUUGCAGCAGUAAUAGAAAAUAUAUACAUUUUUAUGAAAUAAAACAAUAAACUUCAGGGUAAAUGAGCCGAGUUGCUAUCUCAAACAGCAAAUCCUCCAUUUUAAUAGUGGCUAUUGUUUAGGCCGUUGUCUACUGAUUUAAUAUAAGACCAGAUGUAUCAGGGUGAAACCUGAAAAUCCAAGCAGUACAUGUGGUGAAAAGAGCUGUUAGGUGCUUGAGGGCCGCUCCACUGCUGACCUAACAUUACAGGAUGGAAAGUGUUUUGUUUCACGUAUUAAAGUGACUGUGUUAAUUAGGCAGUACACAGUAGGCUGUUGAAAACUCGUAAACCCAGAUUUUUAGUUGGCAAAGAUAUAGUCAUUAAGUUUGAAUGCUCACCCUUUCACAUCAGUUUAUAAUACUAUAUUUUAUAUUUUCCAAAAAUGAAGAAGAGUAUUUACACUUAGUAAAACACUGAAAUGGUUUUGUAAGAUUGUUUGUUCCAACUGUAUUUAAUAGUUUCACACACAAAUCCCCAUUAUUUGUAUUAAAAUGUCAAUUAUACCUGUAUAAAAAAGAGUAUUUUUUUUUCCUACUCACUGAUUCACAGUUCACAGAAAAUCCAUCACUAAAAUUGUGUUUGAUUAUAUUAGUAAGACUAAACUUGUGCCAUACAGUUUCAAAUGCAAAAUAUGUAAAUGAUGUCCAAAAAUAAACAUUUUAUUUAUGUA